CAAGAUUCCGGGGAAGAAAAGAAGCUUAAGUGGGUAAAGUCAAUUUGCGAAAAAGCAAAGGGGUUCAUCUCCAUCCAGAAAGGAAUUGGAUUCCAAGGAGCUUCCAGCAGUAAUGAUGUUGGCGUGGAAGGCCCCUGCUUCUGUCUCUUGAAGCAGUCAAAAAGAUGCACGUCACUGUUCCUCUCAACCAAGCAACGCCAUUGAUUACUAUUCUUCAACUCUCCAUCGUCACCUCUUGAUCAAUCUUUUGAUUAUUGCAGCAUUUUUAAUCGGUUAUUGUCUUCACCAUCACACCACAUAACUGCAACAAAACACCUCUAUCUUUCUGUAUGGACAACACUUCCUCCAAAACAGAGCUCCUAACUCCAUUAGUCCUCAAAGCCGGUGUCCCUCUGGCCGUUUUAUCUGUGGCUGGUCUCGUCUAUGCCUGGAUCAUUGCCAAGAAAAGCCUAUCCACGCCCUCGCUAAACAGACCAGACGUCAGUUCCCCUGAAACAAAUGAUUCUCAGCAGGGAGUCAAACCUGAUGAGAACUCUCAUGGCCUCCCUUCCAAGGAAGAACAUAACUCGGCAUCUCACGAAAAUAAUCCAAGUUUAGAACAAGAGAUUAGUCGGCUAAGAAGCCAGAUUGAAGAUCUGCAAAAGAGAGAAUCGGAUUUGCGUUUGCAGUUUGAUCGCUAUUGCGAUGUGAAAGAGCGGGAAUCUCUGCUGACGCAGGUCAUAAAUCUGUUGUCGGUGGAGACUGCUCGCGUUGAAUUAUUGGAGAAGGAGAUUUCGUUCAUGGAGGCAGAGAACAGAAAGUUGGAGUGUUUUCUGGUCCAAUACGUGAGAAUUACUCAGCAGCUUGACGGUUGCAAAUCACAAAACAGGUUGCUUCAUGGGAGGCUCAAGAAGCUACAGAGAAAAUCAAAGGCACAGUCUCGACUGACGAACAGGCAAGCUUUGAAGAUCAAGGCCUCAGAAACUGAGAUUCUGGAAAACCGCAACGCCUUGCGCACGAGUACUGAUGUUAUCGAUCAAAUAAAGAACGAAGUGAGAGAGCUACACAGCGUUUUGGAACAACUGCAGAAUGAAAAGAACGAACUUCUGAAGAAUCUCGACGAGGCAGAAAAAUCGUACGCGUCUAAGGUUGAAGCAUUAGAUGCGAGCAAGGAAGAAUAUAAGCAACUUGUGAAGGAAAUGGAGGAACUGAAGAGAGAACGAGAAGACGAAGUCAAAGAACUGAUUCAGCUGCGUUGGAUCAACGCUUGCCUAAGGCAUGAACUGGUGAAGCAAGACGGGCAACAGAAGAAUGAGGGGAGAGAGCGUAUGAAAGAGAAGUCAGAAGGAAGCGAUGGAAUUACACAAUAUGACACAGAUGAUUCGGUCAUCGAGCAGGAUCAUCAGCCAAUGCCUUGCUUUGGAGCUGUUCCAAGUGACGGUGUUUGUUCCAAGAAGAAUAAGUUGCUGAGAAAGGUCAAGAGAUGGGUGGAAGGCAGUGAUAAAGCGAGAGUGAGCCCAGUGGGACUAACGGAGAAAGACGGCCAUGAAAGCCAUACUGAGUCACAGGGAGCAGAGAAAACUCCAGUUCCUGCAUGAACAGGCUCUUAGUCUUACAUUAUGCAGUAAACCGCAGAGUGGUUUCUGAAAUAACGACAGUCAUGUACAUAUUCUAAGAUAACUUUACAGCACAGAAAUAACUCAUGUCUAUGAUGGACACAUAUCCCCUACUUUA